AGGAGGAGACCCGCGGAGCUCCACUCGGUGUCAGCGCCUGGUCCCACCGGCUCAUCCACAAGACUCCUCCGGCCCGGCAGCUCCCCUCACCCCGCUACAGCCAUGAAGAUCUGGACCUCGGAGCACGUCUUCAACCAUCCUUGGGAAACAGUGACCAAGGCUGCUAUGCAGAAGUAUCCCAACCCCAUGAAUCCCAGUGUGGUCGGCGUGGAUGUUCUGGACAGAAACAUCGACAAACAGGGACGCCUCCACAGUAAACGACUGCUCAGCACAGAGUGGGGUCUUCCAUCUAUAGUGAAAGCUAUCAUUGGCAACUCACGGACAUCCACAUUUAUUCAGGAACACUCGGUUGUGGAUCCCAUCGAAAAAAGUUUUGAACUUAAGUCCACAAAUAUCACCUUCACAAACAUGAUUUCUGUGGAUGAGAAGUUAACGUACAAAACACAUCCUGAGGAUUCAGAGAAGACAAUACUGACUCAGGAGGCCAUCAUCUCUGUGAAAGGUGUCAGUCUAGGCAGUUACUUGGAGGGAGUCAUGGCCAGCACCAUGUCAGCGAACGCUGGAAAGGGCCGUGAAGCCAUGGAGUGGGUAAUCAGGCGACUGAAUGCAGAAAUUGAGGAGCUGGCAGCAACAGCACGUGUGAUACGCACGCCAAUGGCCGCUGCCGUCACUGAGAAAUGACACCUGCCUCUUUUUUCCACUGGAGUCUGAGUGAAACUGCAUGCCAGUACAACCAUUCUCCCUUUGUGAUGCCCUGGUGCUGUUAUGUUGCUCUGAUCUUUUGUAUGAUUUGAUUCCUCCAUUUAGUAUAUAUUAUACUUUCUACACUAGAUAUGCGUUUAACAGCACGCUGCAUCAUGAAGGGAUUCUGUGAAGGGUUAUUCCGGAGAUGCCACUUGGCAGGACCGUGUUGAUGAGAGACUUUGGGGCAAAGCGUGGGCGAUGCACUCAGGGAUAACUUUUAACAACAUGUGAUCUGUGCGUUCAGAAACAUCUAGCAUCAACAGAGACGUGUCAGAGGCUUUGGAUGAACUGAAAACAUUUGAAAAGUGCCAAAGGAGACACAUAGCUGGAAAAACAAGGAAACAUUGCUGGCUUUUUUUCCACCUGCCAAAAGGCCCCAGAAUGCCAGGAAAUCGUGCCAGUGGCUCUGUAUUUACAACGACAGAGUUGGAAGAAACACAAUUGUGGUGCAAUAAACUGUUAGAGAAGUGAUCGUUUGGGAUGGCCGGAAACAAUGCUUUGUCGAGAGGUGUCAAGUGCAGUGCGUGUCAAGGGUUCUUGGAACUGGCUUCAGGUGUCAGAGCAAACAUUUGGUUAUACUCAGCCAUUGACAGUGAGAUGUUGAUGAAGUGUUUCAAAGUUGGGUUACUUUGUGGCCAUCAGUUCAACAAUGUUUUCUUGUGGGACCUCAGUAAUAACAAGACACUGUACUAGGCAACAUUUACGAAGGCCUGAAUAUAAACUGUAUUUUGAUAUGAUGUGUUAUAUUAACAGUAUUUAAGAGGAGUGAAGGGAUCAAGGUACUCGCCAUAUUAAGGUUUUGGUUGACUUUAUUUUCAAAACCCUCCUAAAAGCUUUCGUACAAACAAGCGUAACAGUAAAAUCAUGUUUUACUGAAGCACAUUGAUAUUGUUCGUCAGUUUGAACUGAGCUCCUUCAGCAUGUCCAUUCAGUGUAAAGGGUGACACCUUUGCAGUGACUCUUAUUUGCACUUACAACAUGAAGAAUUUUCACAAAGAGAAGCUGCUACACAUGCUGAGGGAGCUGAUUAUUUAUGAAUAAUUGGUAUUUCUGUUUGACAGAUUAAAUGUGGUUACACUGUGCAUUUAUAAAGGUCUGUCUUCGUAUGACAGAAGGUUCAUAUAUAUGUAUAUACUGUGACCAGAAUAUUUAUUUAGGGAAACAGUUUUCCUUUUCGAAGGAAUCCGUUUGGAAUGACCACAGAGAAAUGUGAUAUGAUUAAUUUAAGCAUCUUGUCUGGGUACCUACAGAAUGUGGCAAUAUAAUGAAAAUAUUUUAUUUUUACUAUAGAAAUUUGCCAGGAGCUUGUCAAAUUAGAUAGAAUAAAACAGACUAGGUUGCUGUUGGCUACUGAAUGUAUUCGGAAAGUUAAAUGCUCUGUUUUUGAGGUUGCGUUCAGUAUUAACAUUGAGUGUGUAUUUUCCUGUUGUCAUUUUAUUUUUCAAGUAGCAAAGAGGCCUGUGUGCAAAAUGUCCAGUGCAUAUGAUUCUGCCAAAAUCGUAGCUUGAUCACCCUUGUUAGGUUUGGUCAAGAGACGCGCUUUGAAUGUAUGCAUUCCAAAAGUCAUUGUUAACGAAAGGGUAUGAAGCUAUGUUGUCUGUAUAUAUCAUCAGAGUCUAAACACUAAAAAUGCCAGACCUCCAACUUCAUCCUGGGUUACAAUUGAUUCCAAGUAAUGUCAUUGAGGAAAUGAAGAUCAAGUCCUACCUCAUUCAAGGUCCGGGCCAAAGUUAAUAUAUUGUUGCUCUGUUUAAUUUAAAGGCAGGAAAAGAAACAUGUGAAAAGAAUGGUUCGAAUAAAGUUGUUUGAAUUUC